GCAUGAAAAGAGGAACCAUCACGACAGCGUCUCCAAUCAGUGAUGAUUCAGGAAAGUGGAAGUGGUCGUUCAUCCUUGUGCCUGUGGUGUUAGUGGCACUUAUAGUCACUGCUGUGAAAGUCAUCAGAUGGAAGAGAGCUACAGGGAACGACACACGGAUGAAUGACGAUGCCGCUGAUCCUGAAGGUGGUGUUUCCUACGCCUCCGUCAACUUCACCAAGAAGCCCAACAGUAAAGGCCGAGCUCGGCGUGGUGGUGAUGGUGGUGGUGGUGGUGGUGGUGGUGGUGGUGAUGGUGGUGGUGGUGGUGGUGGCGAUGAUGCAGUGACCUACGCCACCGUGAAAGCUUCCUCUUCUUCUGCUGGAGCCUCUGCUGAUCUUCACGUUCUCUACGCCACCAUCAACAAACCAAACAAAUGAGAGAGCGCAGUAUAGUUACAGCUCGUGUCAUUACACUUAUUUCACACUGAUGACUGAUGCUGAGUCAUGUUUGGCUGUGUUUUUGUAUCAGAUGAUCAUUGUCAGGGUUUAUUGCUGUAAAGAGGCUUUUUGUCCAGUAGGGGGUGGAGUAGGUUAACUAGCAGUACAGUAACACAUUAUAUAUCUUCUUGAAAUAGAAAUGAGUAUAAUAUAUGACAUGUUUUGCUUGAUGAACUUGCUGUCAGGAGCUUUAAUAUGCUGGUGUUGUACCUAUCAGCAGGCGUAGUAGUUAUAGUAUAUUAUUAGUUUUUGCUGUAUUUCUCUGUACAUAUUUUGUCAUGCAGUCAUUUUAACACCAAUAUUCAGUCGACCAAAGCCUAAAAAGAGCUUUUAUAACAUGCUAAGGUGCUUUAUGAGCUGAGGAGUUCAUCUGGGUGACGCUUUGUUUGGAUGACGUGCCUACAGAUAGUUUGUCUGUCAUUUUUGUAACAUUUCUGAAUCUUAAGUCGAGCUUCAACACCACUGUGGUUAAGAUUUGGUUCAGUUCAGGCACAACAGAUAUCUUUAUCUUCAUAAAUUGUUAGAUUUCAUGGUAAAACCUAUAUUUUUAUGGCAUUUU